AGGGCGGGGUCCCGGGGGGGCGGCGGCGGCGGCGGCGGUGGGCGAGGAGGGGCCCGGCCCGCCCGCUCUCUCUCCCUCAGCCGGGAGGAGCGGCGGCGCCGUCGGCGGACCACCGCCAGGUACCGCUCGGCGCACGCCAGCCGGGAGCGCGUCCGCGUGGAGGCCUUCAACGGGGCGUUCGGCGACCUGCGGAACCUCCUCCCCAUCCUGCCGCCCGACAAGAAGCUCUCCAAGAUCGAGAUCCUGAGGCUGGCCAUGUGCUACAUCUCCUACCUUCGCCACGUGCUGGAGCUGUGAGGGUCCGGCAGCUCAGCGUGGAGGGUAGACCCCCCCCCCUCAGUAGGACUAGCGGGCCUCCGACCCGGUGGAGAUCCAUGCACGUGUGCGCUGCGAGCUGGACCAAUCGAAUGUCCUCCCUUCCUCACUGACUUCUAGUUCUCUAGUUCUCUGGUUCUGAGAUCACGGUCAUAAGAAAACAUGCAGGUUUAGGCCCAAUCCCAUUUCUACCCCUUACCCCUUCCCCUUACCCCU